AUGGAAAUAAGACAGUUUCAAAGUACUGUUAAGAGGAAGUACAGAACUACUUACACCCCUCAGGAUGUUACAGAUGCAUAUAACAUGGUAAAAGAACACCAUCUACCUGUGGAACGUGUUGCCAAACAGUUUGGCAUACCAAUUACAACAUUAAAAGAUAGAAUAAGAGGAAAAACAUCAGUAGAUGUCCUUAAGUCUGGUACUCCUCCUCUAUUCUCACAAGAACAGGAAGCAUUUCUGAGUCAGCACCUUAUUACAAUGGCUGAGAUUGGUUUUGGAUAUACCCGGCAGGAAACAAUUAACUUAGCCUCAGAUUAUGCUGUGCAUCUUGGCCUAAGAGAACAAGACAAACCUCUUUCUAAACAGUGGUUUUAUAACUUUCUGAACCGAUGGCCUAGCAUUAAAGUUGUGAAACCUAGAUCUUUGGAGAUGGCAAGAGCAAGAAGUGCAACCCGCCCGGCUAUUGACCAGUACUUCAAUGAACUAAACAAAAUUCUCACCAAAUACAACUUAAAAGAUAAACCACAUUGCAUUUAUAAUAUUGAUGAGAAAGGUCUUUCACUUGAACAUAAGCCACCAAAAAUUGUCACAGGUACUCAUUAUAAACCACAGGCUGUUACAUGUGGAAAGUCGAAAACAGUCACUGUGAUUGGUGGAGGAAAUGCUGUUGGAAACCAAGUGCCGCCCUUUUUCGUAUUUCCUGGUGUUAGGAUGCUUCCAGGUCUACUUGAAGGCUGUACUUCUGGCACGUCUGGAACAGUAUCAGAAUCUGGCUGGUCUAACACUGAAGUGUUCACAAAGCAUAUGACAGAGCAUCUAGAGCCACAUCUACCCUCUCGGGCUGACGGCAGUAAGGUGCUCGUAUUGUAUGAUGGUCACAGAAGUCAUGUUUCCUUGGGGCUGAUUGAGUGGGCACAGAAGAAUGGUAUUGUUUUGUUUGUUCUUCCCCCUCACUGUAGCCAUUUACUACAGCCUCUGGACGUAAGUUGUUACGGGCCUUUUGAAAUUGCCUGGAAUCAUGCCUGUCAUCAACACCUUCGACAGUCUGGAGGUUGUUUGAUUACCAGAUUUGAUGUGUGCAAGAUUGGCUGUAAGGCAUACACUUCUUCUCUUUCUGCAAGUAACAUCCAGUCCGCCUUCAAACAUUGUGGGGUAUAUCCAUUUAACCCAAAUGUAGUGCCAGAUUCUGCUCUUGCACCUGCUUCAGUUUUUAGACCAGCACCUGAUACCACAGAGAACCAUGAACAAGAACAGGCCCUGGCUGUUGAUGACUGCAAUACUGAUGCAAGGCUCUUCCUGGAAAAGAGAGGUGGGGAAAUUUUGAAACAUGUUCCAGUUAAAAAGGUAAGAAAUACCUUAAGUAAAGUUGUGAGUGGGAAACCUAUUACUGAACAAAUUGUCUAUGAAAAAAUCAAAGAACAUGUAAAAAGUAAUGCCAAACCAAGUCUGAAAAAAAAGCAAACUGCUCCAGGGAAAAGAGUUGUAGCAGCAGAUAAAAAGAAAACUAACUUAAAGAAAACACAUACCGUCACUGAACCCAUUCCGAGUACAUCUGGUAUUCAGGCAGCCCAGACAGAAUACUCUUCCUCUUCUGAAUCUGAAGAUGACACUGAUGUGUGCUGCAUUUGUCAAAAAUUCCAUCCUGAGGAGCUCAAGAAUUGCAUCAGUCUAACCAUAGUCUCUUGGGCAUGCUGUGAUAAAUGCAAUGGCUGGGUACACCUUGGAUUCUGUUCCCCAGUCAGGGUUAUUAGAAGAGGUGACUCCUUCCUGUGUCCAAAGUGCACAGGUACAGAGGAGUAA